AUGUCUCAAUUAGACUAUUUUGUUUCAUCAAUAGAGUCUAAAUUGGACCACUUUGAUAGCUACUUUAAAGUCAAGAAAGAAGAGUCCAAGAAACAAGCAAAACAAGCAAAACAGGCGUCAAAAGAUAACAGCAACAAGUAUUUGAGUGUAAGGGAUAUCAAUAGCAACAACGGCAGCAGCACUAGCAGCAGCACUAGUGCUAGUAACAGCAGAAGGAACUCUACAUCAUCCAUAGCAAGUCUCAAGGAGAUCUCGAUAAUGAAACUCAAUUUAGUCCAGGACCGUCUCAGGUUGAUUAGGAAAUCCGUAUUGUCAAAGGGAUUCACUAACCUCGACUAUUUAUAUAAUCUCUUGGAUGACCAAUACAACUAUCUAUUCAACCAGACCUUGCCGGAAAUUGACAACCAGUUGGAGCAGGAAAACGAGAAAGGAGACAAGGAGAGCGUUGCACUGAAUAAGGAGAUACUUUCAGGUAAAAUCAUCAACACCAUCUCGUAUUUUGAAGAGAAAUUGAUCAAGAUUGAUGAUUACAUUAGAGAAAAGACACCACUGCUUGAGGAUGAGAUGGAUACUUCAGAUGCAAUGUAUAACAAGUUGAGAUUCUUCAAUUUCAAUAGAGCAUUAAAGAAUGCGCUGGAGAACCCCCGUGGCUUGAUCCACUACUAUGAACUACCAUUGAGCUGGCGUGAAAACAAGUAUAUUAUUGAAGGAUACCGUUUCUCACUCAAGCACACUUCGAUGCUCAAGUCGAUAUUCAAAAUGCACAAUGAAACAAUGAAUAUCUGGACCCAUUUGGUUGGUCUUGGAAUUAUACUUUACAUUGCUUUUGUGCAUUUCCCAAGCACAAAUGCAUUUUCCAAGAACAAUAUGUGGGACAAUUUGGCAAUGUAUCAAUUCCUUGCCGCAGCUUGCACAUGCCUUAUUAGUUCAUCAAUAUGGCACACAUACUCGUGUUUUGCGCACUACCCUAGCCGCCAAAACUUUGCAUGCAUUGAUUACACAGGUAUAACCAUUCUUAUUACAUGCUCUAUAAUUGCAGUUGAGUACUGCACCUUGUUCCAGCACCCUAAUUUGUUGUACUUGUACAUGGCAUUUUCCAUAGCCAUGGGGGUCUUUGGCUUUGUUUUCAACUGGAGUCUGUAUUUUGACAAACCUGAAUGUCGAUCAUUGCGGAUUGGAUUCUUUGUUGGGUUGAGCACUAGCGGUGCUACUGCCUUGUUGUGCCAAGCUUAUUACGAAGGUAUACUUUAUUCGAUCAAAUUCUUUUUGCCACUAUGCUACAAGUCCUUCGUUUGGUACGGGUUAGGUGUUGUUUUUUAUGGAGGUCUUAUUCCGGAGAGAUGGAGAUACGAUGUGAUUAUUGAAGAGAAUAUUGGUGCUUGUCAACACCACUAUAACAUUGAAGAUGUUUUGGAGGAUAAUGUUGGUCAUGCAGGAAGAGAGGAGAUUCAACAAAUUGAAAAGGAGUUGGAAGAGAUGCGUCCGCACUCUCAUGCACAGCAUGGAGCAGUUGUGGAGAAGAUGGAAGAUAAGAAACAAGAAGAGGAAGAAGAGAAAGUAGAUAAUAAGGUGGAAGGCGACGAAGAAAGGAAUAAUGGAGAGUCGGUUGUUGAUGACGAUGAGUUGCGUUUCCGUCAAUUGAUUAAUAAACAUUUUAAGAAACAGCCAGUGCGUACCCCCUACGCCAAUAGUUGGCUCAGUUUAUGGUGGGUCGACUAUUUCUUGGCCAGUCAUAACCUUUGGCACAUUUGUGUUGUCUUGGGUGUAUUGGGACACUAUUCAUCCGUGUUGAAUAUGUUAGACGGGUUGAAUUAG